GAGAGAAAGAAACCCUCUUCCUGCCUCCCCUCUAUAAGGCUCAUAUACCACCUCAACCUGAAUUACCCUAAUCAUUUUCCUCUAUUAAAUACCCCCAAACGCUUCCCACACCUUCUACCUACAACCACUAAAAUUCCUCUCCUUUUUUCGUCGAAAUCUGCGUCCCAGAACUUCUUUUUUUCUGGCUCUUUUUCCCUUUUUGUUGGAAUCAAACCAUUGAUCUUUUGGUAUUUUUGUGAAUGGUGGAAACAAUUUGGAGCUGUAGUAUAUUGAUGCUCUCCCUUUGCAAAUCGAGGGCGAGCACUCUCCUUCCUCUUUCCGCUGCUUCUGCUUUCGCAUUCGGUUCUUGCAAAGAAGGCUGGUACUACCGCUGCCUUGGCCUUGACCCAUAAACAACCCCACCUCAAUACCUCUAUUCCUUUCCACCAAUAACCCAGAUUUGUUUUUUUUUUUGUUAUACGCCCCACAAAAUAACAAAACAAACCCUUGUUUCUCUUUUCUCGGUUGUUGGUGAAUUAUCCAUUCACCUGUUUUUGGUUUUGAUUCUUUUUCAUUUUGAAUUUUGAACAAAAUUUUUUUGAAAGAAUGUUGCUUUACAAGCAGAAGAAGAGCCAGGGUCCCAAAGGCAACAGGCUCUUGAUUAGCGUCACUGUUCUCGGAAGUGCUGGGCCGAUCCGUUUUGUUGUUAACGAGGAAGAGCUCGUUGCUGCCGUCAUUGAUACUGCUUUGAAAUCCUACGCUCGUGAGGGUCGGCUUCCUGUUCUCGGAUCCAAUCUUAAUGAUUUCCUCCUUUAUUGCCCCAGUGCUGGAUCAGAUGCACUAAGUCCAUGGGAGACAAUUGGAUCACAAGGGGCAAGGAAUUUCAUGCUGUGCAAGAAGCCAAGGACUGAGAAAGUGAAAGACGACGGGAAGGCAGCUGAAUCAAUUAAUAGGAAGGCAAGUGGGAAUUGGAAGGCAUGGUUUAAUAAAUCCCUCAAUCUCAAGAUUUCCUCCCAUUAAUUAAAUAAUUCCCAACCCUUUAUGAUCCUAUAUUUCUUGGGUUAGCUUUAUUUAUAAAUAAAGCAUUGAAAGUUAGUCUAUUAUCAUUAAUGGCCAUGGUAGAGUGUUGCUUAUGUUUUUCACCUUAUUUCUCAUUUAGGUGAGAAAAGACCUGCAGGAAUAAAUUGGAACUUGUUUUUCAGUAUUUUGCCUUAUACGAUAAGAAUGAAGAGAACAUUCAUGGUGUGCUUGAUUUUCCA